CAUGGCUGAAGAAACGAAUAGAGUGAAACACCCCUCUAAGCGUGUUUUUAUUAAUACCGUUGAUUCGUAUGCCUCAAAAUAUAUCGCAAAGUUCUUAGCAGCGUGCGCUACUGGAGCAGCUCUUGUGGAAGACACAGACGCAGAACUGGACGAAGAGGGGGGGAGUGUGCAAGAUGAACAGGUGAAGACAUCCAAAGAAGGAACUUUCCAGGUUGUUGGAACUACUUCAGGCAAAAUAGAAGAAAAAUCCAAUUUCAUUGCUGAAGAAUAUACUAACUUAACGCGUGAAGAGCUCUUCCACCACCUGAUGGACUCGGAUGUCAUCAUUUACAACAUAACUGAGCAUGCGGAUCAGAUAGAGGAAGCUUCUUGGGCAGUCUCAGCUCUCCACAAGGAAAUUGAUGCAUUUGCUGAAUCAAAGAUGUUCAUCCUGAUCUCAACAGUCAUGACAUGGGCUACAAGCAAGCCGGUCGAUCCGGAUGAUCCAGAGAUUCCUUUCACAGAAGAGGACUACAGGAGAAGGAAACCCCAUCCCAACUUUAAAGAUCAUAUCGCUGUGGAAAAGCUUGUGGUUAAACUUGGAAAAACCAACCAGCGCCUGUUUCCUACUUAUGUUGUUGCCUCAGGACUGCAGUAUGGAAUGGGAGAGCAUGUCUUUCAUUUCUUCUUCAAGACAUCGUGGUUGGGAGAGGUUCCAAGAGUGCCUGUGUUUGGAGAGGGCUCUAAUAGUAUUCCUGCAAUUCACAUCAAUGAUCUGGCAGGGAUUGUCCAGAAUUUAAUUGACCGUAAGCCUAAGCCACAGUACUUUCUUGCUGUGGAUGAUUCCAAAAAUACCAUUAAUGAUAUAGUAAGGACAAUAGCAUUUGUGCUUGGGCCAGGAAAAACUCAAAAUGUUCCAAAAGAGGAUGUAUAUCUCGUACAGGACCUGAGACAAGCACAAAUUGAUUCUUUGUUCGUUAACCUUCGAAUGGAGGCAGUGUUUUUGAAAGAGAAUUUCAACAUAUCCUGGGUUUCUGAGACAGGGAUGGUUGAAAACAUCAGACGAGUCACAGAAGAAUACAAGCUCACGAGAGGGCUAUUGCCUGUGCACAUAUGUGUCCUGGGACCUCCUGCUGUUGGGAAAAGCACAGUGGCAGAAAAGAUAUGCAAGCAUUACAAAUUACACCAUGUGAAACUGAAUGACACCAUCACUGAGACUCUUGCUUACUUAGAGUCGCUCGGCCACACGGAGGAGGAAGAAAGCCAGAAUGGUGAGUCAGCACACGCAGAGUUUUUGGAGACGCUGAAAGAGAGCAUGGAACAGAACGAAGGUCACUUGGAAGAGCAGUAUAUUAUCCAGAUCAUGAAGGACAAGCUGGAGUCAAAGCCAUGUGUUAAUCAAGGCUUUGUUUUGGACGGCUUUCCACAGACGUAUGAGCAAGCUAAAGAGCUAUUUAGUGCCGACGAUGAUGAACCCGAAGACGCACGGAUGGAAAUCCCUCCGCACAACAUUAAGAUCAUCCCAGAGUUUGUAUUCGCUCUGGACGCCACGGACGCAUUCCUGACAGAGCGGGUGCUGAACCUGCCUGAGAGUGUGGUGCAGGGGACGUCCUUCUCAUACGAGAAGUUUCCACGUAGCCUGGCCCUCUUCAGAGAGAAUAAUUUGGAGGAUGUAACUGUGCUCAACUACUUCGAUGAGCUAGGGAUUCACCCUAAGCAUAUAGGGAUCACCACGAACGACAACCUGGAGUAUCUGCAGGUGAUGGAAAAGGUCAUGAGGAGUGUGGGCGAGCCAAAGAACUACGGCCCCAGCACAGAGGAGGUCUGGCAGGAGGAGCGCAGGCAGGCGGAGCGCAGGCUCAGGCAGCAGGAGGAGCGGCGGGCGGAGGUGGAGCACAGAGAGGCGGAGGAGGAGGCUGAGAGAGCCCGGCGCUGGAAGGAGUGGAGCCAGCACCUGGAGGAGAUGAAGAGGGAGGAAGAGGAGCUACUGCAGACUCAGUCAGAGCCCCUCAGGCGCUACCUGAUUGACAAUGUGAUGCCCACGCUCACUCAGGGCCUUAUCGAAUGCUGCAAGGUCCGACCCAGCGACCCCGUCGACUUCCUGGCUGAAUAUCUGUUCAAAAACAAUCCGCAAGUGGAGUAAAAGUCUGGCGCCGCCCUCCGUACCCCACCGUCUGCAUAAAAAAUGCUGUUCAUACUCGUCAUAUUCUUUUCAGAUGUCUGUUAAAGCCAUUCUGUCAUUGAUAGAUAAUAGAUGUUAGGACUCCAGCCGCACAUUCAUUAUAUUCAGAGAAAACUGAUUGUGAAGUUUCUCAUUUUGGACCUUGUUGUUUGUGUACCUAUGCAUUUGAAAGCUUUAGAUGUGCAAUAAAAGCCAGCUGCUAAUUAAAAAUUCAUUAAUGUAAUGUACUUGGGAGUGCUUUGUAACUAGAAAAGUAGACAUGUCAUGCCAUAAUUAUUUUCAUUUGCCCCAUGCUUUCAAAGGAUAAAUAUUACAAAUGGCAAAUAA